CAAUCAGACCUGGACUGGACUGCUCCAGCUGUGUCCUGAGGAGCUGGACCAGCCAUAUCCCUUGGGGCUGGAGUUGAAGCAGAACCAAGUGGUCAUCCCAGCGUGAAAGUGUAGAUUCCUGGCCUCCGAUCGGCCAGCACCAGUAGGCAAGCAGGCAGAUCUUCUCAGCCCCGGCUCAGCGAUCAGCACACUGGCUUUCCACAAAGCAGAAUGGCGCUGCAAGUGGAGCUGAUACCCACGGGGGAGAUCAUCCGCGUGGUUCAUCCCCACAGACCAUGCAAGCUUGCCCUGGGCAGUGACGGGGUGCGGGUAACCAUGGAGAGUGCCCUGACUGCCCGUGACCGGGUGGGGGUGCAAGAUUUUGUGCUGCUGGAGAACUUCACCAGCGAGGCUGCCUUCAUUGAGAACUUGCGGCGGCGCUUCCGGGAGAACCUUAUUUACACCUACAUUGGCCCCGUCCUGGUGUCUGUCAACCCCUACCGAGACCUACAGAUUUAUAGCCGGCAGCAUAUGGAGCGUUACCGUGGCGUCAGUUUCUAUGAAGUGCCACCCCACCUGUUUGCAGUGGCUGACACUGUGUACCGGGCACUGCGCACGGAACGCCGGGACCAGGCAGUGAUGAUCUCUGGGGAGAGUGGGGCAGGCAAGACAGAGGCCACCAAGCGGCUAUUACAGUUCUAUGCAGAGACCUGCCCAGCCCCUGAGCGAGGGGGUGCUGUGCGGGACCGAUUGCUACAGAGCAACCCAGUGCUGGAAGCCUUUGGAAAUGCCAAGACCCUUCGGAAUGAUAACUCCAGCCGAUUUGGGAAGUACAUGGAUGUGCAGUUUGACUUUAAGGGUGCCCCCAUAGGUGGCCAUAUCCUCAGUUACCUCCUGGAGAAGUCCCGAGUGGUACACCAGAAUCAUGGGGAGCGGAACUUCCAUGUCUUCUACCAGCUGCUGGAGGGAGGUGAGGAGGAGACAUUGCGCAGGCUGGGCUUGGAAAGAAACCCCCAGAACUACCUGUACCUGGUAAAGGGCCAGUGCGCCAAAGUUUCUUCCAUCAAUGACAAGAGUGACUGGAAGGUUGUCAGGAAGGCGCUGACAGUCAUCGACUUCACCGAGGACGAAGUGGAGGACCUGCUGAGCAUUGUGGCUAGUGUCCUGCACUUAGGCAACAUCCACUUUGCUGCUGAUGAGGAGAGUAAUGCCCAGGUCACCACUGAGAACCAGCUCAAGUACAUAACCAGGCUCCUUGGUGUGGAAGGCUCAACACUGAGGGAAGCCUUGACGCAUAGGAAGAUCAUCGCCAAGGGAGAAGAGCUCCUGAGCCCCCUGAACCUGGAGCAGGCUGCAUACGCACGGGAUGCUCUUGCCAAGGCUGUGUAUAGUCGCACUUUCACCUGGUUGGUUGGGAAGAUCAACAGGUCACUGGCCUCCAAGGAUGCUGAGAGCCCCAGCUGGCRGAGUACCACGGUUCUUGGGCUCCUGGACAUUUAUGGCUUUGAGGUGUUUCAGCAUAACAGUUUUGAGCAGUUCUGCAUCAACUACUGUAACGAGAAGCUGCAGCAGCUCUUCAUUGAACUGACACUCAAAUCCGAACAGGAAGAGUACGAGGCCGAGGGAAUCGCGUGGGAGCCUGUUCAGUACUUCAACAAUAAGAUUAUCUGUGACCUGGUAGAGGAGAAGUUCAAGGGCAUCAUCUCCAUCUUGGAUGAGGAGUGUUUGCGCCCUGGGGAGGCCACAGACCUGACCUUCCUGGAGAAGCUAGAGGACACUGUCAAGCACCAUCCACACUUCCUCACGCACAAGCUGGCUGACCAGCGGACCAGGAAAUCCCUGGGCCGUGGGGAGUUCCGCCUUUUGCACUAUGCUGGGGAGGUGACCUACAGCGUGACUGGGUUUCUGGAUAAAAACAACGACCUUCUCUUCCGGAACCUGAAAGAGACCAUGUGCAGCUCAAAGAAUCCCAUUAUGAGCCAGUGCUUCGACCGGAGUGAACUCAGUGAUAAAAAGCGGCCAGAGACGGUGGCCACCCAAUUCAAAAUGAGCCUCCUGCAGCUGGUAGAGAUUCUGAAGUCUAAGGAGCCUGCCUACAUCCGCUGCAUCAAGCCCAACGAUGCCAAACAGCCCGGCCGCUUUGAUGAGGUGCUGAUUCGGCACCAGGUGAAGUACCUGGGGCUGAUGGAGAACCUGCGCGUGCGCAGAGCUGGCUUCGCCUAUCGUCGCAAAUACGAGGCUUUCCUGCAGAGAUAUAAAUCACUGUGCCCAGAGACAUGGCCCACAUGGGCAGGACGGCCCCAGGAUGGUGUGGCUGUGCUGGUCAGACACCUCGGCUACAAGCCAGAAGAGUACAAGAUGGGCAGGACCAAGAUCUUCAUACGCUUCCCCAAGACCCUGUUUGCCACAGAGGAUGCCCUGGAGGUCCGUCGGCAGAGCCUUGCCACGAAGAUCCAAGCAGCUUGGAAGGGUUUUCACUGGCGGCAGAAAUUCCUCCGGGUGAAGCGAUCAGCCAUUUGCAUCCAGUCGUGGUGGCGUGGAACACUAGGCCGAAGGAAGGCAGCCAAGAGGAAGUGGGCGGCACAGACCAUCCGGCGGUUCAUCCGUGGCUUCAUCCUGCGCCACGCACCCCGUUGUCCUGAGAAUGCCUUCUUCUUGGAUCAUGUACGCACUUCAUUUUUGCUUAACCUGCGACGGCAGCUGCCCCGGAAUGUCCUGGACACUUCCUGGCCCACUCCCCCACCUGCCUUGCGCGAGGCCUCAGAGCUUCUACGGGAAUUGUGCAUGAAGAACAUGGUGUGGAAGUACUGCCGGAGUAUCAGCCCCGAGUGGAAGCAGCAGCUUCAGCAAAAGGCAGUGGCUAGUGAGAUCUUCAAAGGCAAGAAGGAUAAUUACCCCCAGAGUGUCCCCAGACUCUUCAUCAGCACACGGCUUGGCACAGAUGAGAUCAGUCCCAAAGUGCUGCAGGCCUUAGGCUCUGAAUCCAUCCAGUAUGCUGUGCCAGUAGUGAAAUAUGACCGCAAGGGCUACAAGCCUCGCUCCCGGCAGCUACUGCUCACACCCAGCGCUGUGGUCAUCGUGGAGGAUGCCAAAGUCAAGCAGAGGAUCGAUUACGCCAACCUGACUGGAAUCUCUGUCAGCAGCCUGAGUGACAGCCUCUUUGUGCUUCAUGUGCAGCGUGAGGACAAUAAGCAGAAAGGGGAUGUGGUACUACAGAGUGACCAUGUGAUUGAGACACUCACCAAGACAGCCCUCAGUGCGGAUCGUGUGAACAACAUCAACAUCAACCAGGGCAGCAUCACAUUUGCAGGGGGACCUGGCAGGGAUGGCAUCAUUGACUUCACACCUGGCUCAGAGCUGCUUAUCACCAAGGCCAAGAAUGGGCACCUGGCUGUGGUGGCCCCACGGCUGAAUUCUCGGUGAUGAAGGUGCCCACUGGACCCCCUCCGAACUCUCAAUGCUUUGCUUACCCAUUCUCCCUUUCCCAGUUACCAAAGACUCGAGCUUCCAGACAGGGACCCAGGGACACCUCAAAGCCCACCUGCAGCCUCCUGCCUCCUGCUCACUCCUCUCUCAAGGAAACAGCAGGGGCUAUGGAGCUACCCCAGGAGUGGGCCAGGCCGGGCCACAGCAAUAGGAAAGCCAGGGCCAGAGCAAGCCAUGCCAGCCCAAUGCUGAUGCCAAAUAUGUGAGAGAAGGGAAUUUUUGCUGAGAUUUUCUCUGAGAUUUUUUGAUGCUUUAUAGGAAAC